AGUGAAGCUUUAAAAAUCGUUGUUCUUUAAUCAGUGAGUUUCUGUUUUGCCUACUACUAUUUGCGGUUUAUUUCUUUACCGGCGUAUCUUAGCUUGCGAAGUGUUGAAUGGAUUAUAUUGGUUUAACGAAUCGAGUGAUGUUUUUAAGACGUUUUAUUCUGCUUAGUUCAAAUCAUAAAUAACUAUACUGAUACUCGUAAGCCUAGAAUCUAAAGACGACUCUUUUCCCAAAAUAAGAAAGGUCAUCAGAAGCUUAGAUAACUGAAAAUCCGCCGCUAAGCACGUCGAUGAAGGGAGAGGGGCAUCCUAUCUUCAUGUGAAAAAGGCCUGAGUAGUGGUAAAAAUAUUUCAUCAGGACAAGAAGGCCACAUUGCUGUGCCUGUGACUGCAUAAUUUGGCAUUGGUCUUACCCGUGACGCCAUACCUAACUGCUUUCAACAGUAAGAAAAUGUACGAGACAAAGAAAAACGGCACAAUCGACGGUCAGUUUGUUGCACCCUCUGCAAAUCCACUGGUAGGCGGCAUGCCAUGGUGGAUGUCACCGGUCGCUGUGUUGUGUUUGAUCGGGCUCAGUUUUGCAGUGGGCUUCAUUCUUUUUAUCAAGGUCAAGCUAGCAGGCAUGAAAACCGUAAAGCAAGAAAAAAAGACAUCUAAGAAAGAAGACAAAAACAGCAUCGAGGUGAUAGCUGUCAAGGUACCAGACAAACAUGGUCCCCAGUCCCCCACGCGCGAGAAUGUGCGGCGACGCAGCUCCAUUUCUCCGUCUCACGACCUAGGCAAUACGCCUUCUAUGGGCUCCUAUGGACUGGUCCAGGCUCAACAGGUCCGCACGCCGCCAAAGCUGACCGAGGGAGAGACUGAGCCGGGCCAUCCCCCUGAGAGUGCAGAACGAAAGAAAAGACGUGGUCCUACUGCUCCCCAGCCAGGUGCACGCACACACAGGGUGAGCCCUGAGACGAGGCAGUACCGAAGCCGUCCCCCAAAAGGACAAAAAGACCGUAUUCCUGGGCAAGCCUUGCGCAAGGUCAAGUCUGACCCAUACCAUCUUAGGGAGCCACUCUACAUGGGCCCUAUAGAACUCAAGAAGACCAGGGCCGCGAAAACCCAACAGGGACAGCCACUGACGAAGGUUUCUUCAGACUCAGCCUUAGGGAGUAAUGCAUACCCUAUUCCUGUAUCAAGAAGUCCAAGAGAGCUCCCCCCACUGACGAGCUCAAGGAAGUUGCCAAGUAUCGCUGACGACGGUGGAGACUAUGACGAGGUAGCAGUGACAGCAAAGAAGGCGUCUAAAGCUUCCUGUGUUUCUGACGACCCGCUGCAGACUGGGUUCAAAAGUCGCUGGUCUCGAAAGUCUGACAUCACCUCUGCUAGCCAGUCGAAGUCCUUUGCUAAUCCGUUCUACGACACCCUUGAGGUUUGCGACCCAUAUUUGCACAGAGCGAGCAAAGGAGAAGAGCACUCGACCGAAUACGGGGUUGCUCAAGUCUUAGAGGAGCGUCCAGUACACUUCGAAAUGAUCGAUUCGGUGUAUGAGAACAUAGAACAAGAGAGUGUCUUUCAGGACAAAAGAGCCGACAGUUCAACGCCAGACGUGAAGAGAACCAAAAGGCGGAGCAGCUGCGCCGCACAGCACCGCCCUCGUGGGAGUGAUAGAGGGGAGGCACCAGGAGUGGAGUACGCCAAGGUGCAGAAGGGAGGCAAGAAGGGAGGCAAGAAUGGCACAAAGGCACCGGAGGAAGCGAUUUAUGACGAUGUCGCCAUAUCUCCCAUUAACCACACCGAAACAAAAGAUGAGAUAUUGCAUCAAAAUGUCGAUGAGUGGAUGACAGCCGAGGGAGAGUCGCGAAAACAGAGGUCAAAGGUUAAGAAAUCAAGGUCAAGCCAAAGUUUCCUGACAGAACGAAUACCGGGAGAUACGUACAUGGAAGUGAACGAGCUGGCUCAGUGAUGUGUCCAGGUUUAUUGUAUCUAAGCGGAACAAUGUUGAAUAAAGGUCAACUAGCUCGGCUAA